CUCGUCGUUCGUCGCCAACAAUUACACAAAAAGUCCGACACGAAAAAGUGGAGUAGUUUCUGUGCAGUUUGAUGGAAAACAUAGCCGUAGCAGACGACGGACGUUGAGGGUUUUCUGGUAUUCCCUCUCCGCAAACGUCACGCAGCCGCACCAAUCAGGGAGCGACUGUCGGGACGUCGUCUGCCUGGGAAACCGCGUAGAGCCUAGCUGUGAUCAUGUCGGACGUCGAAAGCGAAAGUUUUUCCUCGUCGCUGCUGGAUGAAUUCAGUGAGGACAGCUCGGACGACGUGGUGUCAGACGAUGAUCCGUAUUCAACGGACCCACUUCCGCUUCAUCCUCCGAUCAACAGGGAUGCAGUUGUUCGCGAAGUCGCGCAAAACGAUGACUUUCGGUGUCUGUGCGGCGUCUGCAGUCCGGAGCAACCAGACGAAUACUUGUGCUGCACCUCAGUGAGCCAGGUUGCAGCUCUGUGUGACAGUGCUGGCGUGCGGUGCAUCACCGAGCACCGUCUGUUCCACGACUUCUGUCUGCGGAGAGAAAUGCUGGCGGUGAAUGCACGCCAGUACUGCCGCUACGACUAUCGGCUGCGGCUGUUGGAUCCGACAGACAACAGGUGUCUGAGGUUCACAGCCUACUCUAUAUUUGCCAGUUGGGUCUGGGGCUACCUCGGACCUAGAAAUAGGCGACAAAUUCCAGGCUGCGCUGUGCGAGCGAUUCGAAGAGAGCACCCGUCGCCUUCAUACCAAGGGUUUCUUUCUUAAGAAUGGUAUGUUUUCAGCAUACAUAUAUUAUAUGCAUCUGCUGGCUGAUUCCCUUUUCAUGGUUAUACCUUCAUAUUAACAAGGCUGUAUACUUCAGUGAA